AUGUUUUCGUUUCGACUCUUCCUCGCAGACACCCCCUACGCGUCUGCAGCCGACAUAGUCAGAGAGAUGACAAGAAAGCCGAAGCGUUACUUGGAGUGUAGACCGUUGGUCUUCGCGCAGCCGACACCCGAGUACACGGAAGGAAAGAAAUUUGCGGCAAUCCUGGACAAUGACUGGGAGCCGCACGAGGGUCGGGUCCAGCCUGCGAAUACAAACACACUAACGGUCAGCGGAGGCCAUCAGGCGUGUGGCGUUGUCUACACGACAUGGCCGCCGAUGCUAUCGGCGCAAGAAGGGCAGACGUCGCAUGAUCUAGCCCAACAGGCAUACCAGACUGCAGCGGGCAUCGCGGGUACUUGCAGCGGGGAAAAUCUUGGAUACAGCCAUCCGCUGUACGGACAAGCACAUGGCGCCUCCUAUGGAACGCAACAAGUCCACCCGAACGUACAUCGCGACGAAGAAAGGCAAUACGCAUUCAACCGACUCGACGUCACGCGCGACGUCCAAUUCGCACCCGAGCCCCGCGUCACCGUCGACGCUCAGUCCAAUGUCAGAAUGGGAGCCGUUGGCUACGUCGACCCCGCGUCCUGA